AUGGGAAAAUUCGCAGAUAUCACGCAGAGUGAUGAUGAUGAUCAAGAUGAACCCAUCCCCCCGGAUUUAUCCGGAGAAUACUACCAGCACAGAAGAGAUGCCAUGAGAAUCCUAGAAGCCAAUCAGUUUGUAUGCAUCGACAAGCUUGGAUCUGGCGCUUUUGGCGAUGUGUACAAAAUGAUUGGCUUCUCCGGUCGAGAAGUUGCCGUUAAAGUUGUCGCCCUGGAAGUAGCAAAACCAAAUGAAACCGAAAUUUGGCCCAAAUUAUCUCGCUCAAACAUUAUCCCCCUCCUCGAAUACUUUAGUUUCAAUAACCCAGAUGUAGCAAUUUUUGUAAUGCCCAUGCACCGGGACACUUUGCUACACGCAGUCCUAGACAGGCACUUUUUGAGUCAGUCAAGUGCCCUAGACUGCAUAAAAUCAAGGCUUUAUGACACUCUCUGUGGUCUGACAUAUUUGCACUCUAAUGAGGCCUGUCACUUAGAUCUAAAAGCAGACAAUGUCUUGAUCUCGCAUGAUCACAAAGCUGUUAUCUGUGAUUUCUCUUUUCUUGCUCCAACAACGAAAGCAAUACCAAGGUCUGAACUUGGCUUGCCACCAGUCUAUAGACCACCAGAAGCUUGCCCAUCCCUCGGGAGUGGAGCAGCGAUUGAGGGCAAAGGAUAUGACUUGUGGGCGUUUGGAAUGAUGGUUCUGGAGAUAUUUACCAACCAAGCCCUUGGAGGAACAUCAUCCAAUGCCGGAAACUGGGAAAGAGAUAUUUAUCCUGUCCUAUUCAACAUCCUUCAGAGUGAAUCUUUUAAGAGUUCCAUUUGUGGAAUGUUUUCUGAGACGGGCGUUUCUGACGGGCAAGUCAAGCUUGCUUUGAAUUUCAUCCAUACUUUUCUGAUGCCCGAUCGGAGAGAGAGAUGGAAUGCCACAAAGGCAUCUGACCACUGCUUCUUUAAGAGUGGCCGGCAAAUAGGAGCAGGGCCACAUACGAAGUGGAUACAUUUUGUUAACCCUAACAUAGAAGAGCACCAAAUGAUUAGCUUGAAUAGAAAUCAGGGUGUGAAGCGUGAAGCUGAAAUGAGUUUAAAACCUCCUAGUGCUAAGAGAGCCAACAUCGAAUCUGAAGAGACAACGGAAAAAAUCCAACAAAAAGAAUGCGAGAAGUGCAAGUAUAUUAAGGUGUUGGUAGAAAAAAUUGAGAAUUUAAAAAAGGAAGUUGUUGUGUUAGAACAGAAAAAUGCUUGUUCAGAGCAGAAGGUUGGGGAAUUAAAGAAGUUUCUAGAAAUCGACGAGUUUGAGAAACGGAAAGCACCUGUUCCGAGAAAGAUUAUGAUUUCUACAAGUACCCAAACUACAAACAGCCUGGAAACAACAGUCGUUGAGAAUGAUUUACCCGAGCACAUCACCAGCGAUAACAUUACGAUUCAAAACGACACAUUUGUGAGUUGG